CACGUGAUCGGCGCAAUUUCACCCCCCCUCACGUGACCGCAAACAGACGCCGGGCAGGUUGUUGACACGUUGCCUAGCAACCGUGAGGCGUCCCUGGAAGCGUGUUGGUGUUAGCGACAAAGUGAGGCAGUGUCCCGCCCUCCCAGCCAGACCCCUCACAGGAGCCUCCAUAGGCAACAGGCGGGGGUGAGGAAGAAGAAGGGCAGCAGCGGGUGCCUGGGGACAUGGUGGCAGAGAAAGAUGGUUCGAGCCCCCCGAAACUCACUAGAGAGAGACCCCAACAACAACAGCAGCCACUGGGGCAGCUGAGGAGAACCAAGCAGCAGGUCACAGAUGGAUUCACUGUUAAAGCCAUGAUGAGAAACACUGUGGUAAGAGGACCCCCAGUUGCAGGAGCAUUUAAAGAAAGACCAACAAAGCCUACAGCAUUUCGCAAGUUUUAUGAGCGAGGAGACUUCCCAAUUGCCCUUGAGCAUGAUACAAGAGGAAAUAAAAUAGCCUGGAAGGUGGAGAUUGAGAAACUGGACUAUCAUCACUAUCUGCCUCUGUUUUUUGAUGGGCUUUGUGAAAUGACAUUUCCCUAUGAGUUUUUCGCUCGGCAAGGAAUCCAUGACAUGCUGGAACAUGGGGGAAACAAGAUUCUUCCAGUCAUUCCUCAGCUCAUUAUCCCAAUAAAAAAUGCACUGAACCUUCGUAACCGACAGGUCAUCUGCAUCACACUCAAAGUCCUCCAGCACCUGGUAGUAUCAGCUGACAUGGUGGGGGAAGCCUUGGUGCCCUAUUAUCGUCAAAUCCUCCCCAUCCUAAACAUCUUUAAGAAUAUGAAUGGCCUCAAAGAACCCUCUGACUGUUGUCUGCCGAACUAGUUUCUGCUCCUCCCAGAAUGACCGGCAGCCCAGUUCUCUCCGUUCAACUCCUUCUUGAGAGAGUGUUAUUUGUAAUGAGAUUCUCUGGGAAAGGAUCCUAUAAGAGGAUGAACCCAAAAACAGUGGUAAUCAGGCAGCCACUGAGAAGGUAGCACUUAGGGAAGAGAUUGAAAUCCAAAUUGCCUGAGGGCCAGAGAUCUCGAUAGAAGAUAUUUUGAGGCCUCUAGAACUAUGAUUUUAUAAUGUUCUCCACAGAAUAAUCCAGUAUUCAUUUAAACUUUCAUUACUGGGCAAAUUUUCUGAGAUAUUUGCCCAAUUUCCAAAUGUGUAUAUUUAUUCUAGAAAACUUUGAGAAUUGUCAGCUGUGUAAGGUUGUCUGUGUAAGGUUGGUUUGGGGGAUUGUAAUGUUUCAGGAAAACAUUAGUUAGUCAAGAGAUAAUACUAUUCGCAGUUGAUUAGAUGGACAAUGCUAUUACUUGCAAAUACAUAAUCCGGAAACAUGCUCUGCACUUGAAAAUCUGUUUCUCCAACAAGCAACUUCACGCUUUAUUCCCUGCCAACUUUUUUAUGGAAUAUCCUCACUGAAUUAAUCUGAAAGUCACUACCCUCUCCUCCUGUAAAUCCUUCUUCUAGGCUCACUUCUACUGUGAUACUUACUGGAAAUUUCC